UCUGUCACCUUCAGGCUGGUGUCCUCUGUCCAAGCGGUCAUGGCUGCUGCCUCCGGGAUCAUUGUCGUCCUGAACUGCAACGACGUCGUACGCGACAGGCACUGGCUGGCGGUAGAAUACGUCUGGGUCAUCGUUCCCUACAUGACCUAUGACAUCUAUGUCAUGUACCUGUGCCACUGGCACAGAAGCAAAGACAUGGGGACGGUGGAAAAGAAGAACUCACUGGCCAGUGUGAGGAGCUUCCUGAAGAAGGAACGCCUCAUGGUGACCCACCACCUCUUCAUCCUCAUCGUCCUCACACCAAUCACGCAGCACUUCCGUGGGGAGCUGGGGGAUUUCUUCGUCGGCUGCAUCUUCCUGGCAGAACUGAGCACUCCGUUCGUGUCACUGGGUAAAACCCUGAUGCAGCUAAACAUGCAGGACACGUGGCUGCACAAGGUGAAUGGGGUCCUCAUCCUGGUGACCUUCCUCCUCUGCCGCAUCCUGCUCUUCCCCUUCAUGUACGGGGCAUAUGCCCGGCAGGUGGGCAUCCCCCUCUACGCAGCCCCCUUCCACAUCCCCGUGCACUGCAACGUGGCCAAUGCCUGCCUCAUUGCCCCACAGCUCUACUGGUUCGUGCUGAUCUGCAGAAAAGCCCUCCGCCUCUACAGUUACUCCUCGUCUGACAAGAGCCGAUAGUGGCUGGCGUGGGCUGCGGAGCACAA